AUGCCAGGGCGACUUGAGAUUCAGCGUCCCUCUCCGACAACUGUCUCCUUCACGGUAUCGAAUGUGCCACAGCGAUCGAGCUCCCCCGCCAAAAUCCUAUUCGGUCUCCAAGUACUGCUGCGUGCGGGUUUGUUCAUCUGUGUGAUUGUUGCCGGUAUUGUGCGCGUCCGGACUAUCUUCUUCCAAGAAGAUCGGGGGGUGAUAAAUUGGCCAACCGUGUGGUCGAGCCCGCUCGGAUCCAAACUAUGUCGCUUGGUAGAUUCAUACAACCCGCUGACAAUUGCUGUGGUUUGUGCCUUUGUCAUAUACGGUGUUUUCAGAAGAGGUUAUGUUGAGGAAUCGCUCUUGGUUAUUCGAGGCUUCGGGAUCCAGACCUCGACAUCGUCUUCAACGUAUCUUUCUACUGCCUCGACAAGGUUCAUUCCUACCACACAAAUUCAAGAUAUCGUCAUUCACGAAGCCUUCAAGGGCUUCGAAGUCCGCUUUUAUUUGGCGGUCAUUGUCGAAGGCGAGCCUAAUGUUCUAGUGGUCUUUCCGCAUAUGUUGCCCAAGCGAGAGAUCUUAGAGCAGGUUUGGAGAGGUUCUAGGCGAUGUCUCUAUGAUGCAAAGUCAUGA